ACCAAGUUGCAUUGAUCAGAACCUCACAUCGUCUCGGACAAAGAUGCAGCCAAACGUGCUGUAUGUGCUCCGCCGAUAAACCGUGAAUUACCUGAGGAAAGAGGACAAGAAGCGGCUAACAGGUGGUUGUUUGUGUUUGCACCGGCACGAUGCUGUUACAGUCCUGCACUCUGUUACUGCUGGCGGCUCUCUACUCAAGUGUAGACCUGACGGGGGCUGAGGGCUGCGGGGCAUCAUGUGGAAAAUGUGACUGCAGUGGUGUAAAAGGAGCAAAGGGUGAGCGGGGAUUUCCUGGUCUUCAAGGUAACAUGGGAUUCCCAGGAAUGCAGGGACCUGAGGGCCCUCCAGGGCCAAUGGGCCCAAAGGGAGAUGUGGGUGAAGCUGGGGCUCCUGGGCUGAAAGGAGUGAGGGGUCCUCCUGGUCUGCCAGGUUUCCCAGGAAACCCAGGACUACCAGGCAUCAAUGGAAAUGAUGGCCCACCAGGUGCACCAGGUAUCCCAGGAUGUAAUGGGACUAAGGGAGAGAGAGGAAGGGAUGGCGCUCCUGGUUUUGCUGGUCUUCAAGGACCUCCGGGUAUUCCAGGACUUCCUGGAAUGAAGGGUGACCCUGGUGGUGUGAUUGGGAUUGUUCCCCUGAAAGGAGACAGAGGAUUCCCUGGCACACCUGGAUUACCUGGACCAGCUGGACCUCCUGGACCUACCGGACCUCCAGGACCUCGUGGCUAUCAAGGACCCAAAGGUGAUCCUGGGCCUCCUGGUCCUCCAGGAGAGAAGGGUGACAGGCUGGCUUUUGUGAGUGAGAAAGGUGAAAAGGGUGAGCCAGGAUUUCGUGGCCCACCUGGUCCCCCUGGACCUCCAGCACAGGGAGUGGAGGGACAGACCACAGUGCAUGUACCUGGACCACAGGGUGAAAGAGGACCUCCAGGAGAGAAAGGAGAUAACGGAAAAUGCAUCCCUUAUCUUGAUGGAGUCAAAGGUGAUCCUGGCCCACCUGGACAAAGAGGUAAACCUGGCAAGGAUGGAGAGGAUGGACAAAAGGGAGAAAAGGGCUUUCCAGGAGUUCCCGGAUAUACUGGUUCCCAGGGUGAAAAAGGAGAAAGAGGACCACCUGGUUAUGGUAAUGGUGCCCCUGGUCCUCCUGGUCCUCCUGGUCUCCCGGGGUUACAAGGAGAAAAAGGUUUUCCAGGGCCUCAGGGAGAGGCAGGUCCACCAGGCCGGCACAUUGAAGGGCCUCGAGGAGAGAAGGGUCAGAAGGGAGACUUGGGUGAGAAAGGAGACAGGGGUAUGGAAGGAGAGUCUAUGGUUGGACCUCCAGGACAACCGGGGAUCACUGGACCCCCUGGACCACCAGGACUUCCAAUUGACCCCAAUGAAUGUAACAUCGAGAAAGGUGCCCCUGGCCCACCUGGACCUCCAGGGUUACAAGGGGAAGUGGGACAGAAAGGUGACAAAGGAGACACCUGUGUUCAGUGUGAAGCUGCUGGCCUACCUGGAUUACCUGGUGCCCCAGGGCCUAAAGGAGAGAGAGGACCUCCUGGGCAAGUAGGAGGCAAAGGAGAAAAGGGUCUCUCUGGCCCUCCUGGACAACCUGGAAGACCUGGUACUCCAGGCAGUCCUGGACUGAUGGGAGCUCCUGGUGCUGUUGGUGAGCCUGGGGACAUUUUCGUAGCUCCUGGUCUGAAGGGAGACAAAGGUCUUCCUGGUGCUGCUGGUUCACCAGGGAGGCCAGGAUUGGAUGGACAGCCAGGUAGAGAUGGGCUUCCGGGUGUACCUGGCCUCAAAGGAGAACCCGCCAAAGAGGGCAUUAAGGGUGAGCGUGGACCAGAUGGGGACCCUGGUCUUAUUGGGGUCCCAGGAGAGAGGGGCCCCCCCGGUCUGCCAGGCAUAGGUCGACCAGGAGAGCCUGGAGAGAAAGGCAGCCCAGGGAGACCAGGCCAUCCUGGAGCUCCUGGAUUACCUGGUGCAAAAGGUGAACCUGGUGUAGGAGUAAGCACUCCAGGACCUCAGGGAGCACCUGGGCCACGAGGAGAACCUGGCAGACCUGGACUUCAAGGGGACAGAGGCCUGCCGGGAGACCCAGGGUUGCCAGGUUUCCCUGGACAGAAGGGUGAACAUGGACUUCCUGGAAUUGGUCUUCCUGGCCCAACGGGUCCAAAAGGAAUCAGUGGAAUUCCAGGAGCUCCAGGAUUACCAGGAGAGCCAGGAAGACCAGGACAGGAUGGCUUAACUGGGCAACCUGGUGCACCUGGACAAAAAGGUGAACCAGGGCGGGGUCUUCCAGGCCCAAAAGGUUUGCAGGGUCUCACAGGAAUUACUGGCUUCCCAGGAGAGAAAGGUAACAUUGGACUACCUGGUGUUCCUGGACGAGAAGGCGAGACAGGACCACCAGGACCUCAGGGCAUCAAAGGUGACGUGGGACCCCCAGGGCCUCCUGGACUGGUUGGCUUACCGGGUGCUCCAGGAAAAGGCUCACCUGGAGCUCCUGGACCACAGGGACCAGCUGGAGAGCCUGGACCGCACGGUAGAGAAGGUGUAAAGGGAGAAAAGGGCUACCCUGGUCCUCCUGGUCUGGACAUGCCAGGGCCUCAGGGAGAAAAGGGUCUCCCUGGAUUCCCAGGACCCGCAGGCUCUAAAGGAUUGCCAGGGCCACCAGGCUUACCAGGCAGGGAUGGGCUGAUUGGACACCAAGGUCCUAAAGGUGAAAUGGGAGUCAUGGGGACACCAGGAGUACCAGGAUUUCCUGGACAACCUGGUACACCUGGAUCUCCUGGUCUGAGAGGUGAUCCUGGUAUUACUGGACCAAGAGGUGAAAUUGGAGAGACUGGACCUAAAGGAGAAAGGGGAGAGCAAGGCCUUCAGGGACCUCCUGGGAACAUGAGCAAAGUUGAGAUGGAGAACAUGAAGGGGGAGAAGGGAGAUACUGGAGACACAGGUAACCCUGGACUCACUGGAGAGAAGGGCCACCGUGGAAUGCCUGGAGACCCUGGACUGCGAGGCAAAGAUGGAGAGCCUGGAUUACCUGGACAACAAGGUGACAAAGGAGACCCUGGUGUUCCUGGAGAGCCUGGCAGCAUGGGACCACCUGGACAGAAGGGCAGUGUAGGAGAAAUGGGAAUACCAGGUGUGGUUGGUCCAAAAGGUACUAAAGGAGACAUUGGUACACCGGGACAUCCAGGAUUCAGAGGCACAGAUGGACAGAAAGGAGACAUGGGAGUACCUGGUGAGCCAGGUAUCGGGAUUCCAGGACUUCCGGGAGACAAGGGUCUAACCGGCCAGCCAGGAUUUCCAGGAUCACCAGGAGAGAAGGGUCAGAGGGGUCAAGAGGGAAUGCCUGGCAAACCAGGGCUGCAAGGAGCCAAAGGAGAAAAAGGAAGCAUUGGAUAUCCAGGUCAACCAGGUAGACCAGGUGAGAAGGGUACCCCUGGGCUUCCUGGGUCUGCAGGAGAACCUGGUCAUGAUGGCCGGCCUGGUGAAGGUGGCUUGCAGGGGCCUCCUGGUCCUCCUGGAGAGAAGGGAGAUCCUGGAGUAGAUGGCAUCCCGGGAUCCUCAGGGGAGAGAGGAGACCCAGGUUUGCCUGGCCGAGGUUUCCCAGGGCCACCUGGAGCGCUUGGUAUCAAAGGUGACAAAGGUAGUCCUGGCUUCCCUGGCACUCCAGGUCAUCCAGGUGUCCCUGGUAUCAAAGGUGACAAGGGACUCCCGGGCCCACAGGGACCACACGGUGAGCCAGGAGAGAGGGGGGUUCCAGGUAUCUCUCUAGAGGGACCAAAAGGAGAAAGGGGAGAAACAGGUCAACCAGGAGAAGCAGGAUCCCAAGGAGCACCAGGACCUGCUGGUGUGCCAGGAAGACAGGGCCAAAAGGGUGACAAAGGAGAUCAGGGCCCCCCUGGUUUCCAGGGAGAGACAGGACAAAAGGGUGACACUGGAGUUCCUGGACUUCCUGGACAAUCUGGUCUUCCAGGUAUUGAUGGACAGAAGGGAGAGAGGGGAUUACAAGGUGUCCCUGGCUUCCCAGGUGUAAAGGGUAAUGUCGGGGACUCUGGGUUCAAAGGUGAGAUUGGAGACAGAGGAUUCCCAGGAGAAAAAGGUACUCAAGGCCCUCCUGGUCCUCCUGGCCCCCACACCUUCAUCAAAGGAGACAUUGGGUUCCCAGGAAGUCAAGGUCCCUCAGGGCCACAGGGGCCGCAGGGGUUUCCUGGACAGAAAGGACAGCAAGGAGUGACAGGUAUUCCGGGACCAAAAGGUGAAGACGGCCUCCCUGGAUAUCAUGGUCAGCCUGGAGCCAAAGGAGAGCCUGGCCUGCCAGGACCAGAAGGACCCAGGGGAUACCCAGGACCCCCAGGACCUGAUGGUGUUCCAGGUCAAGUGGGUCCACCCGGACCCUCCUCCAUGGAUCAUGGGUUCCUGGUAACCCGUCACAGCCAAACAGUAGAAGUUCCAUUCUGCCCUGAGGGAACCUCACUCAUAUAUGAUGGCUACUCCUUGCUCUACAUACAAGGCAAUGAACGGUCUCACGGACAGGACUUAGGUACGGCGGGCAGCUGUUUAAAAAAGUUCAGCCCCAUGCCCUUCCUGUUCUGUAACAUCAACAACGUGUGCAACUUUGCCUCUCGUAACGACUACUCCUAUUGGCUCACCUCCCCUGAGCCCAUGCCCAUGAGCAUGGCACCUAUUACUGGUGAAAGCAUCAAACCUUUCAUCAGCAGGUGUGCUGUGUGCGAAGCCCCAGCCAUGGUGAUAGCAGUUCACAGUCAGACCAUCAUGAUUCCUCCAUGUCCUCGUGGCUGGGAUUCUCUGUGGAUUGGCUACUCCUUUGUCAUGCAUACCAGUGCUGGUGCCGAGGGUUCAGGCCAGGCUCUGGCCUCUCCUGGUUCCUGUCUGGAGGAAUUCCGCAGUGCUCCAUUCAUUGAGUGUCACGGUCGUGGUACCUGCAAUUACUACGCCAACUCCUACAGCUUCUGGCUUGCCACUAUCGAAGACAAUGAGAUGUUUACGAAACCUGUCCCAACAACGCUAAAAGCGGGUAGUCUCCGAACACACAUAAGCCGCUGUCAGGUGUGCAUGAAGAGGACAUAAACCCCAACACCUGACUCUUCCCUCCUAAUAUGCAAGCAAUACCACGUACACUGACGUCCUCGACUUGGUUUUACUUCCUGUUUUGAAAGGAUGGUGCUAUUUCCCUGCAUGUGUGAGAAGAGGGGGGCGGAGACGUGGUUUGCAGAACAGCCAGAGAUCGAACUUUACAAACCAGAACACAGAGACCAAGCAGCCUUUUGCUCCAUGCAGAAACACUUAACAAACAUGAUCACAACAUGUCUCUAAAGAAUGGCACCUAGUUUAUCAAUGCACUGAGUACAUGCCCCCUAAACUGGUAAACUGGUGUUCAUUUUGAAAGGGUUGUUUGUGUAAGUCAGGUGCUAUUGAAUCUUACUUAUCUGCCUUAUUCAAUUUUUAUUCCCUUCCCCACAAAUGCCACAGCAUCCAAAGAUAUAGCUACAUUAAUAUUAUAGAUUUUCACACUUUAUAACUUGUACUAAUGUAAAGGAUGGGACUUACCACUGGUUACAGAAGCUUGUCAUUUGUUAAAUCACAAUAUGUUGCCACCACAGAUUUAUAACAAUCGCUCUGUUGUAAAUAUAAUGCAUUCCUCUCUAACAUAGUUCAACAUACUCUCCUCAGGUUAUUAUUGAAUUACUUUGUGUGUUAUUAGCUCCAUUUUUAUUUAUGAGAUUUAUGAGAAUAUGUUGGACUUGAGUGUCUGUCUGAGAUUUUGUUGAUCCAAAAACAGUGUUUCAACAACCAGCGCCAUAUUAAUAUACAAAACAGCACUGACAUAACAUUGGCAGGUGUGUGUGUACGUGUGUAUGUGUGUGAAUGUACAGACAUGAGUGCACUGAGCUGCUCGAAAGUGGUGUGUUUGUUGUGAUGUUUGCAUAUACUCUCACUGAACACUUUGACUUUAUUAGGAACACCAUACUAAUACUGAGUAGGGCCUCCUUUUGCUCUCAAAACAGCUUCAGCUCCUUGUGUCCUGGAUUCCACAAGAUGUUUGAAACCUUCCUUUUGAGGUUCUAGUCUAUGUUGAAAUGAUUGCAUCACAUUAUAUCUCCAGAUUUGCCAGUUGCACAUUUAUGCAGCCAAUCUCCUGUUCUACAUCUCUACAUCCCAAAAGCGUUCUGUUGGAGUCAGAUCUGGUGACUGCCGAGGCCAAGUCAGUACACUGGACUCACUAUCAUGUUUUGCUUGGUGACAUAGUGCAUUAUAAUGCUGAAAGUAGCUCUAGAAGAUGGGUAAAUAUUUGCCAUAAAGCAAUGCAUAUGGUACCUCUUUCUCUACAAUACUCAGAUAGGCAUUCAAGCCUCAGCCUAUCUCAACCUAUUGAUUGGCAUUAAGCAGCCAGUGUGCCAGGAAAACAUUCCCCAUGCCUUUACACCACCACCAGCAGCCUGGGCUGUUUACACAAGGCAGGUUGGGUCCAUGGAUUCAUGCUGUUGAUGCCAAAUUCUGACCCUACCAUCUGCUGCCUCAGCAGAAAUCUAGAUUCAUUGGACCAGGCUACGUGUUUCCAGUCUUCGAUUGUCUGCCUGUGCCCACUGGAGCCCCAGAUUUCUUUUCUUGUAAGCUGACAUGGUCCUCUGCUCUCACAGUCCAUCUGCCUGAAGGUUCAACAUGUUGCUCAUUCUGAAAUGCUUUUCUGUCCAUCAAAGUUGUAAAGAGUGGUUCUGGUUCUAUUCCUCUGACCUCUCUAAUCAACAAAGCGCUUCUGUUCACUGGAUGUUUUUUUGUUGUUGUUGUUGUGUUUUUUGUUGUUUGUUUUUCACGCCAUUCUGUUGUGCAUGAAAUCGCAGGAGAUUAGCAGUGUCAGAAAUAUUCAAACUAUCCUGUCUGGCACCAACAAUCAUGUCACGGUCAAAGUCAUACAUCACAUUAUUUCCCCAUUUUGAUGUUUGCUGUGAACAGUAACUGAAGCUCCUGACCUGUAUCUGCAUGCAUUACACUGCAGUAAUAUGAUUGGCCAAUUGGAUAAUUGAAAGAAUAAGCAGGUGUUCCUAAUAAAGUACUCUGUGAGUGUAUAUUGUUGCACAACCCUGUUGACAUAAUUCAAAACAAAUGCACAAUAUGGAAUAGACAAAAAAAAGAAAAUCACCUUUCCUGUGCCUUUACUCUGUCAGCUGUGUGUUAAAGAAUUUACUCCUCUCACAUUACGUGAACCAAAUCUUUCUGAUCUUUGAUCCCAAAGAAAUGCACAUGUAUAUAUACUUACACAUAACACGUACUGCUAUUCUGCUCAUGUACUUGACUCUUCCCAUUUGUGAAUUACUUUUGUUAUCCCUGUUGAUUUUAUGCAAAAAUUAUUUUUGAUUAAGAUUAAAAGGUCAUCAUGUCAUGGCUCCACAUUUACGUCAAACUCAUACAGAUAAGGAUUAUAUUUAUAAGUGUCUCUGCAAGCUAAGGUGUUAACAUAGGCUUGUGUUUUGUAUACAGCAUUUUGAGAUAACUUGUGUCAAUACUAGAAAGGACUUUCAGACCCCAAACGCAGUUUGUGUCCCUUUUAGAGCAAUUCAAAAGAUGCAAGGUUUUCUACUGUUAAAGUUAUAGCAGUUACUCUACACUGACCAUAACCUAUUUUUGUUUGUGUGUUGUGCUUGGUUGUGAUAAAUUCUCCAUGAAGUUCACACAGUAUUACCAGCAUUUGAUAUCGUAAAACAAACUUGAUUUUAGUGGGAAUGAUCUUAACUGAAUAACAAACAGAACAGAGCAUACAUCAUCAACAUUUUAUAUUUUCCAGAUCCCAUACUGUGUAAUUACUGCAAUAAAGUGAUUUGUAGAAUAA